GCUCCAGGAUCAGCGGACUGAGCGAGAGGAGGAGGAAACUCUUUUUAAAGAAGAAAAUCUUUUGGCUGUGUGAUUUCGUUUCUCGCCGGCUUCUGAACACUGGAUACGCUGCCAUGUCAAAGUGCACUGAAUUAUUUACAGGCGUGCGUGUCUUGUUGUGUGACAGCUCUGCCCUUAAAGCAUUUUAUUAGACGCCUCUUCCAGCACUGACUGGCACGCGACGCUCCUCUCACCGAUGCGUCACUUCCAAGAGCGCCGGGACAACCAAACUGCUCCGGUCUCCUCGCCUGAGCCCAUCCGCAGCUUCCUGCGUUCAAAUCUACAUUUUGGUUGAAUUGUGUGGUUUUUUUUGUUGUUCUGUUUUUGCCCGGAUCCAAUAAAGGACUCAUUCUUUUCUUUUUCUUUUUUUUUUCUUCUCCAUUUGGCUUUUCCACCUGAGAGAGAAAGAGGACGCGGUCGCCAUCCAUUCCUUCCUGACUGUUUUGGGUUUUUUUUUUUUUUGGACGCUGAGUGUUUUUUUACGCAUGCAGGGAGAAAACUGUGGUGACACCUGAUCGACUGGCUUCUCCGCGCACAUUGACCCGGGAGCUCCAGGCGAAUCACGGAGGGAGAGAGAGAGAGAGAGAGAGAGAGAGAGAGAGAGAGAGAAAGAGAAGAUUCUCGGUCAAUGCUCGGCCGGCGCUGCUGAUUUUGUUUGUGUGUGCGCGCGUUUGUGGGGUUGUACAGCCCAGCCAAAAGCCAUGGUCCACUGCGCCGGCUGCGAGAGGCCUAUUCUGGACCGCUUUCUGCUCAACGUGCUGGACAGAGCCUGGCACGUCAAGUGCGUGCAGUGCUGCGAGUGCAAAUGCAAUUUGACAGAGAAAUGUUUUUCUCGAGAGGGGAGACUGUACUGCAAAAAUGAUUUCUUUAGACGAUUCGGCACCAAGUGUGGAGGCUGUUCGCAGGGCAUCUCUCCCAACGACCUGGUCCGCAGGGCCCGCAGCAAAGUCUUCCACCUUAACUGCUUCACGUGCAUGAUGUGCAACAAACAGCUGUCCACCGGGGAGGAGCUCUACAUCAUAGACGAGAACAAAUUCGUUUGCAAAGACGAUUACCUAAACAACGCCAGUGUAAAAGACACCAACCUCCUCUCAGUGACGGCGUGCAGCGACCCCAGUUUAUCCCCGGACUCCCAGGACCCGCUGCAGGACGACGUGGUCCUGAAGGACACGGAGAUCGCCGCCCUGUCAGACAAAGAGACGGUGAACAACGAGAACGACGACCAGAACCUGGGGGGGAAGCGGCGCGGCCCGCGGACCACCAUCAAGGCCAAACAGCUGGAGACUCUGAAGGCGGCGUUCGCUGCCACCCCGAAACCCACCAGACACAUCCGGGAACAGCUGGCCCAGGAGACCGGUCUCAACAUGAGGGUCAUCCAGGUGUGGUUCCAGAACCGGCGGUCCAAAGAGAGGCGCAUGAAGCAGCUGAGCGCGCUGGGCGCCCGGAGGCACGCCUUCUUCCGGAGCCCUAGGCGGAUGAGGACGCUGGUGGACCGGCUGGAGCCCGGGGAGCUCAUCCCCAACGGGCCCUUCUCCUACUAUGGAGAUUAUCAAAGUGAGUACUACGGCCCGGGCCCGAACUAUGACUUCUUCCCCCAGGGCCCCCCAUCGUCGCAGGCUCAGACCCCGGUGGAUCUCCCCUUCGUGCCCUCCUCGGGCCCCACGGGCACUCCCCUCGGAGGCAUGGACCACCCCCUGCCGGGCCACCACCCUUCCAGCGAGGUUCAGCGCUUCUCUGACAUAAUGUCCCACCACCCGGGGGACUCUCCCAGCCCGGAGCCCGGCAUCCCGGGACCCCUGCACAGCAUCUCCUCCGAGGUGUUCGGCCCGAGUCCGCCCUUUACCUCACUGUCGUUGAACGGCAGCGGAUACAGCAACCACCUGUCCCACCCGCCCUCGGAAAUGAACGAGGGCACCGUGUGGUAGCUCUCUGAGAGAGAGAGAGAGAGAGAGAG